GGCUAGCCGUUACCAUAGCGACUGGGCCUCCGGCAGGUAAAUCCUAGCUGCCCUGUCAACAUCCUAGAGCAUCUGCAGCUCCGGAGGCCCUGAGCUCUGUCCAUGCUGUAGUUCCUGUCAUUCUCCAGAAGCCACUCAACAGCAAGGAGUUGUAAGAAAGCCCUUACGAGUUUCACCGAUAACUUGUGUGGAGUGACUCAGAUGUGUCUGCUUCAUAGCCAGAAGACCAGCGGAAACAACUAGCCUCAUGGGACUGAGCAACUACUAGAUUCUUGGACUUCCCAUUCAUAGCUGACCAUUGCUGGAUAUGUUGGACUACAGACUGCAGGAAGCUAUGUGAAGGAAUCUUCUGAUGUCAUAAUUCUGGGUGUCACUGGAACAUUUGAUCAUCAUUCCUUUGGCCAGUCUAGCCUUCUAUGGAAAGUCAGUAGAAGCAAUUGAUUUAUUCAUCUCUACAGGAAUCAGACUUGGCCUAUUUUGGAUUUCAGUGAAUUAUGCCUUUUCGGUUUGGGACCCAGCCAAGGAGGUUUCCAGUGGAAGGAGGAGACUCUUCAAUUGAGCUAGAAUCAGGCCUGAGCUCCAGUGCUUCCUGUAACGGGAAAGAGACGUCACCCAAUAGGCAACUCCGAAGAUGCCCUGGAAGUCAUUGCCUGACAAUAACUGAUGUUCCCAUCACUGUCUAUGCAACGAUGAGGAAGCCGCCUGCGCAAAGCAGCAAGGAAAUGCAUCCCAAAUAGCAUCAUUGCGUCUUCUGUGAGGGUUGACUAGGUCAAGGGGAAUGGGCCGGCAUCAUCUCAGGGUCUGCCUGGUAAACCAAUAAAGGUGGUGGCACUCAUUGGGUGAUGACAA